AUGGCUUAUUCCUCUUCUUCACCUGUCAUGGCUUCUUCUUCUUCUUCUUCUUCUUCUUCUUCCCCACCUCGCAACUGGAGAUACAAUGUCUUCACUAGCUACCAUGGACCAGACGUCCGUCAGACACUUCUCGCCCAUUUACGCAAACAGUUCACCUACAAUGGGAUUACGAUGUUCGGUGAUCAAGGGAUGGAGAGAGGCCACACCAUCGCAUCAUCUCUCAAAGAAGCAAUUCGAGAAUCGAGGAUCGCGAUCGUAUUGCUCACAAAGAACUAUGCAUCUUCUAGUUGGUGUUUGGAUGAGCUCUUGGAAAUUUUGGAUUGCCAAAAGACAAUUGGGCAAAUAGUGAUGACUGUCUUCUACGGAGUGGAUCCUUCUGAUGUCCGCAAACAAACCGGAGAAUUUGGGAGAGUUUUCGAUGAAACUUGUGCUCGUAAAUCAGAGGAGCAAAGAAAAAAAUGGAGGGAAGCUUUGAACUAUGUGGGAAACAUUUCGGGAGAACACUUCCAAAACGGGGAAAAUGAAGCAGAAAAGAUAGAGAAGAUUGCAAGAGAUGUUUCACAUAAACUGGAUUUCAUGGUUGAAAGAUCGUGUAAGGAUUUUGAUGGCAAGAUUGGAUUAGACAAUCAUGUGAGGGAAAUGGAGUCUUUGCUUGAUUUAGAUAACCUUGGAGUUAAGAUUGUUGGAAUCUCUGGUCCUGUAGGCAUUGGUAAGAGUACCAUUUCCAGAGCUUUACAUAGUCGACUCUCUAAUAGGUUCCAACGUACUUGUUUUAUGGAAAACGUUAGGGGAAGCUAUAAGAGUGGAACUGACAAGCAUGGUUUGCAGCUGUCUUUGCAAGAAAAACUUCUUUCUAAGAUUUUGAACCUAAAGGGCAUUAGGAUAGACCAUUUAGGUGUGAUAAAAGAAAGGCUUCAAUAUCAAAAGGUUCUUAUCAUUCUUGAUGAUGUGGAGAGUUUAGCUCAACUAGAGGCUUUGGUUGAUAUUACGUGGUUUGGUCCUGGAAGUAGGAUCAUUAUAGCCACGAAACAAGAGAUUUUGCAGCAA